GUUCUGUGACAAUUCUGUCACUGUCCUGUCAUAUUUAUUUACAUAAUGGCAAGCCGGAGUUGUUUGUUUUGAUUGUUAUUUAGUGCAACAAAGUGGUAGCCGGUGGUUAUUUCCACCUUUAACACUAGUGGGUUGUGACCAGUACAAGUGAACAGUUUAUUUAACUCGAGUAAACCAAAAUGGGACGUAGAAAGUCAAAGAGAAAGCCAGCUCCGAAGAGGAAAGCCGUGGAGCCCCUAGACCAGCAAUUCAACUGCCCAUUUUGCAACCAUGAAAAGUCGUGUGAUGUGAAAAUGGAUAAGGGUCGAAAUACGGCACGAAUAACGUGUCGAGUUUGUUUAGAAGACUUUCAAACGACUAUAAACUUUUUAUCAGAGCCACUGGAUGUGUAUAAUGAUUGGAUAGACGCGUGUGAGUCUGCAAAUUAAUGUAUAAGUUUUUUAUUGUAUAGUUUAUGAUUAGUGUUUCACUUUAUGUGUUUUAACGUUUAAUCAGUUUAGAUUUAAUCAUGAAAUUAAUUGGUUGAGCAUUUUAACAUUAAAACGUUUUGUAAAAAACGUGUACUUUAGGUAAUGUGUAAUAAAAAAUACACUAAU